UUACACUCACAUGCUUAUUCUUUGUCCUCGAGUAGAGUUUACUUUUAUACAUAACACUAUACUACUAGAGUAUACUUAUAUAUAUUUAAAUAUAUCAUAUCAUAUGUAUAAUAAUGCUUAAGUAAGACCGUUCGCGCCCAGUUACCGCCGUAUCGCAUUAUCCUACGAUCAUACAUUUAAUAUAACUAGUGUAUAUACAUAUAUAUUUAUAUACAUAUAUUUUUGUAGUAUAAGUAUAGUGCAUAUGACAGACAUAUUAUUAUAUUGUAUAACAGAGUGUUCGUGACACUUUUUCACUCUAAUAAACGGUCUCGGUCUUUUCUUCGCGAGGUUCAGUUUAUUUAAUUGUCUUACAAUUAACAGUCUGAGUAAAUAUUUUUGUUUAUUGUUGUUAUUAUUUGUGUUAAUGUGUGAGUAAUUCAAUCUCUUGCUUGACAAUAAGUGUCCAACAUGGGUAAAAUAGCCAGCAAGUUUCGGAGUACAGCAAAAAUAACCAACGAAUCCAGGCUAGACGUCAACAGUUAUAAGGAGCCGGUUGAUAAUUAUUAUGGCAAAUGUCUUCCACGUCAGAUGAAAAUAGAUUCCGUACAAGAAGUCGUGACAGAGCGAGAUUCAAACAGUACAUCCAUGGAGCAACCUGAUGAAUCGAUACAUAAAUUAUUGGAACGUGAAUUACGAUUGCUAGAUCCGAGAGAUCUGCGCUCGCAUGCCUGGUAUCACGGAAGUACGCUGAGGGGUGGAAGAAAGGGCGCCGAGGCCGAGGUACCUAAUGAUGGUGAUUUUCUUGUACGUGAUUGUGCAUCCCAGCCUGGUAACUACGUCCUGACUGUCAGAUGGAAGAGCCAGCCGCUCCACUUUGUUAUCAACAGGGUUGUAAUCCAAGCGGACACAGUCUACGAACGUACACAAUAUCAAUUCGAGGACGAGGCCUUCGAUACGGUCGCUGACUUGAUAACCUUCUACGUGGGCAGUGGACGUCCAAUAAGCCAAGCAAGUGGAGCGCGGAUAGUGAACCCAAAACCUCGGUCAGUUCCGCUAACUUGUGUGGCUCCAGCAGCAUCGUCAACGUCAAUCUCGACAUCAGCGGGCCCGAUCGGGACUCUAGCGACCAGUCUCAGCUCAUCCUCUUCCUUGUCGGCAAACUCGCCGCCUUGUCUACCGCGGAAACAGCAGCGCAGUCAUUCGCUAACUCCACAGCAGCAGCAUGACGAGCACACGGGGUUCCACGGAUCGCACGCACACACGCAGUCGAGCACGCUGCCGCGAAUACCGGCUAACUUAAAUCAGCAGCCGCCUUCCAGCUCGCUAUCACUUGGGAGACAGAAAAUAACCCGGGUGAUUUCGGACCCCGCGUUACAGCAGCAGCAGUUGCAUCUUCCAUCGCAGACUAGUUUGAAUCAGGGCAUUAAUGCGCCCCCAAAACCACCUCGUGUUCCUUAUCAGUGUAGCCACUAUCACCACCACCAUUUACCGCCGCAUCAUCACCCGCAUCAAGGCUAUCAGGCUUCAGGAAGUGACAGCGGAAACGGUUCAGGUGACAGCGAGUUUGAAGGAAACAACUCCGGUAGUGGUACAAAUAACGUCAGCGCGCCAAUAAAGGGGGUCGUGAUCCGUAGUCAUUACCACCACAUAUCCCAAAGCGGGGACGGUUUAAAUGGUAACGGAAGCGAGUACGAGCUAUCAGCAGAGGAGCAACUGGUGGUAGCAGCGCCCUCGAUGGAAAUAUCUUCAGUCCUCGAUAUAGAAGGAUUCCAGACGUUCCUCUUACCAACCGGCGAUCACCGACCCCUGGAUCCAACGGCGCUGCGUGGAGUCUCUGGAAUGCUCCACGACUGUGCGCCUCGUGUGCUUGCGUCACACCUGACCCGGCUGGACCUCGAACUGGUCCUGAACCCCGGAAUGGGAAGUAGGUCAGGCAUGAGCGGCCUCGAGCUGGCAACUCUCCCUCACGGACGUCAAACCCGACUCGAUCUCAUUGAGAGAUCAGAAUGUCUUAAAUUGCUCGUUGCCGUAACAGUAUUAGCCGGAGCCACGGCAAUAGAGCGGGCCGCAACAAUAAGCAAGUGGAUCAAAGUCGCUGUCGACACCAAAACUGCUCUGGGUAAUCUCUACGGGUUUUGCGGUGUGAUGCUCGGCCUCUGUGUUCCGCAGAUUCAAAGACUUGCCAACACUUGGCAUCUUCUCAGACAAAAAUACACUGACGAGGCAUUUAGCUUUGAAGCGAAGCUCAGACCCACUUUGAGAGCCAUGAAUGAAUGUACAAAUCCCCAAGCACCCAAUACUACUCUCCCUCAUCUACUUCCUGUUGCUUUGCUCGGCGAACGUGCGCCUGAAGAUGUUCUAGGCACAGCAGCACCAUCAGGUUUAGUCGGGGCGAUACUGUCACCCUGGGAAAAUUCAGCUCCCGAUUGCGGGCUGUCAAUAGUGUGGGCGCACUUGGAGGCGUCACGGAAAUUGGUCGACAGUCUUCCGGUGUUCCGUAGAAAUGCGGAAAUAGCUCUCGAAGGCUGGCGAAGUGAUGAGCUACUGACGGACGCAUUUAGAACCGAGUUCCACAUAAAGUUUCUCUGGGGCAGCCGCGGGGCUGCGGUCGCUCCGGAAGAAAGACAUCUCAAGUUCUCCCAAGUCCUGGAUGCCAUGUACGACAAGUGCGUCGCCAGCGAAAUGGCCGCAUAAACUACUAGUCCUUCUACUCUAUUGAAAAUAAUUAUAAUAAAGUAAAUAUAGUUACGAUGAUAAUAACUCUGACCCCAACACAACAAUUAAUAAGAAUCAUUAAUAUCAAAUUUAAUGAGCGUAUAAUUAAAAAAAAAUAAUAACAAAUAGUAGGACAAUAUAUCGACGUAGAGCUGAAUUCAUUUAUGGUACAAUCAAUUUUUUUAAGUACAGAAAAAAAAAUAAUAAUAAUAAUAGUAACGAACGGUAAAUAAUUAAUUAUAAUAAUAAAAAAAAAAAAUAGAUAAAAAAUUUAAGACAAUAUGUGAGAGUGUGCCCAAAGAUUAUUUAUUAAUUAAUAACGCACAAUAUUUGGUAAUUACCUAAUUUCGCUUCGGGUAUUUUUGGAUAAAAAAUAUUCUGGAAUUUUUUUUUAGACCCUUGAGGUUCAAAACGAAGUAGAAGUUCGUAAAAUUAUUUUUUUUAGCUUAAUUUUGAAAAAACAAAAUUUCGAUCGAUGAAAUUUGAAUCACGAUUUUAUUGAGAUCUAUGACGAGCUGAUUUUGUCAAUGAUUAAGAUCUAUGAUCUAGAAUUAUCGACUUAAAAGGCAAAUAAAAAAUAGACAAAAUUUUGAGAUUUAAGAUCUAUAAGAAUUUGAGUAGAUCUGAAUUUUUUUUUAGAUACUUGAGGUUGGAAAAAAAAUUUAAGUUGUAAAAGUAUUUUUUUUUUUAGCCUAAUUUUGAAAUUUGGAAAAAACAAAAUUUCGAUCGGUGAAAUUUGAAUCGCGAUUUAUUUGAGAUCUAUGACAAGCUGAUUUUGUCAAUGAUUAAGAUCUAUGAUCUAAAAUUAUCGACUUGAAAGGCAAAUAAAAAUAGACAAAAUUUCGAGAUCUCAGAUCUAUAAGAAUUUGAGUAGAUCUGAAAUUUAUUUUUUUUUCAGAAACUAGGUUAAAAAAAAAAAUUUCAGUUGUAAAAGUAUUUGAUUUUUAGCCUAAUUUUGAAAUUUGGAAAAAACAAAAUUUCGAUCGAUGAAAUUUGAAUCGCGGUUGUAUUGAGAUCUAUGACGAGCUGAUUUUUUUAAUGAUUAAGAUCUAUAGCGAAGAUCUAAAAUUAUCGACUUAAAAAAAAGGCAAAAUUUCGAGAUCUCAGAAGAUCUAUAAAUAUUUGAGUAGAUCUAAAAUUUUUAAAAAUUAGACCUCUAUUUUAGUGAAAAUAAAAUUUUUGGAGUCAUGUAAAAUUAGAAGAGUUAAAUAAUUUUUUUUUUAAAUACCGGAAGUCCGGAGUAAAAAAAAUACAUGGGAUAUUUUUUAUGUCAGAAAACCGGAGCUGGAUGUGGGUUACCUGAUUUUUAAUUAUAAUUUAAUUAAUAUGAGUACUUAAUUUCUAAAUGUAUAUUCGUACUCUUGUAUACUGUACAUGUUGUUUAUGUUUGUUUAUAAAUUUAUAUAUAUAUAAAUAUAUAUAUAUUAUCGUAUACGUUCCACAAUAAUGAAAGAAAAAAAAGUAAUAACGAAAUAAAAAUAAAUAUAUAUACACAGAAACUUUAAUUUAUAAAUUAUUCAUUUUGUUGUGACCUCUAAUUACUAAUUAUCAAAUAAUUUUUGUCUAAUUAGUCAA